CCUCCAUUCCAUUGGGUAAAAAAUCAGCUGAUUGUGUUGGGACUCGGUGGAGAAUUAAACAUGUCGGGUCGUGAAACUUUCGAUAUAUCUCCGGUGCAGAGGAAAAUCCUCGAGGAAAGGCAGAAAAGAGCUACUGCACUUCGUCACGAUUACCUCCAGCAAAGAUUAAAUCCCUUCAGACAUGCCCUCGGAAUUGGAGGCACAGUUGAAGACCCUGCCAUCCUUCGUUUUCAAGCCCAUCGUGCCACCAUGUACGAAAGAUUUAAACCGACGUGGGGCAAUGCUGCUUUUUCCUUCAGCGUGACAAUUCUUCCCAUGAUCAUUGGAUACAUCAUCGUAGGCGGUGAUAAAGACAGGACGGAGCAUAAACGCCGUACUGGCCAAGUCAGCUAUCACGAUAGAGAGGAUAAAUUUCUUUAAACAUCUCUAAUCAAUCAUUUGUAGAUGUAAUAUGAAUAUAAAAUAUUGGAGAAUAAACAUUCAAUGUAUCUAGGUAA